UUAGUUUACUAUUUAAUUAUAAAAAAAUGAAAUUUGUAACCUUCAAAAAAUCAGGUAUUGAGAAUUAAGCAUAUUGUCAUGCGCGUGAAAACCCACGUUCUACACGCAAUUGAUUCUUUGUGUUUGUUACUUCACGGGGAAAAACCUUAACGUUUAUCAAGGUUACUUUGUCAAUGCAUUGAAUAUUGAGUCACUGUGAUAAUAUCUAUUUGUGCAUUUAAAAAUGCCGAAAGCAUAUGAAAGUUUCGUAGUGAUGAGAGAAGCAAUCAAUGGUCUGCAGGAUUAUGGUACUUACGGAAAUGAUCCAAUGUUCAUUAACGAUACUAGUUCAUUGAGUCUCUAUAAUAAUUCUAUAGAUCCACACAUAAAUUUCAAUAUUGAAUCACCUAUGUCUACUACUUCAUCACCAUCACAUAUGUCUACAUAUGUAUUAGAUGAUUUUAUUGCUGGUGAACCACAUCUUGUCAUAACAGAGCAACCAAUAGAGAAAUUUAGGUUUCGUUAUAAAUCUGAAAUGAUCGGUACACAUGGAAGUUUAGUUGCAUCAAAUAAUAUGAGUGCUCAUAGAAAGACUGCUCCUACUGUUCAAUUAAGAAAUUUUCAUGAUAAAGCAAUAGUUCGCUGUACAUUGGUUACAUCGGAUGAUAAAAAAGAAAGACUUCCACAUGCUCAUCAUUUAAUCAAAAGGGAAGGACAUAAAGAUAAAGAUGAUCCCCAUGAAAUAGAAGUUUCUCAAGAAAAUCAAUUUACUGCUGCAUUUCAUGGACUGGGUAUAAUACAUACUGCAAAAAAACAUAUUAAGGAUGAACUUGUACGAAAACUUCAAUUUGAGUUACUAGAAGAACGUAAAAGAAAAAAUAUUAAUGCAACUCUUUCAAUACGUGAUGAAGUACAGAUUAAAGCUGAUGCAGAUAUUAAACAAAAAUCAAUAAAUCUUAAUAGUGUAUCUCUGUGCUUUCAAGCUUUUAUUAAGGGUAGUAAUAAUAUUAUGAAUCCACUUACAGAACCCGUUUAUUCCAAUCCGAUUAAUAAUCUUAAAAGUGCUCUUACUGGGGAAUUGAAAAUCUGCAGAAUUGAUAAAUUUACAAGUUCUUGUGAAGGUGGAGAAGAAGUAUUUAUAUUAGUAGAAAAAGUUGGAAAAAAAAAUAUAAGAAUAAAAUUUUUUGAAUUAAAUGAAGAUGAUAAUGAAAUCUGGUUUGAUUAUGGCCGUUUUUCUGAGUUAGAUGUACAUCAUCAAUAUGCUAUUGUAUUUCGCACUCCACCAUAUAAAGAUAUAAAUAUUACCUCAUCAAAAGAAGUUUAUAUACAGUUAGAACGACCAAGUGAUCAUGAUUGCUCAGAACCUAUUAAAUUUACAUAUAAGCCAAGUGACAAAAUAUUAGGUAAGAAAAGACCACGUAUAUCUUAUUCAAAUAGUAUUGAAUUGACACAAUCGUUACCUACUAUGCAAAACAAUGAUUCAUUUACAAAAUGGAAUGAUAGCCAAGAAAUUUCAAAUGAAAUAAAAGACAUCUUAUUACAAGGUUGCUCAUCUUCGGAAUUACGUAAUUUUGUUAACACCAUAGACCUGGAUAAAUAUAUGCAACUAUUAAAUAAUAGUGAAGAAGGAGUGCUGACAUCUGAUGGUCCAACUACAAAAAAAUUGGAUGACGAUGUCAUGUUUGCCAAGAAUAUUGUUUUUGAAGCCAUGAAUAUUAUUCGCAUAGAAAAAAGUGAUAAAAAUGGAGAAAUUAGUUCUAAUAAAAAAAAACAAUUAAAGAAGUUACUUAUGGAUAGGUCUACUUAUGGUGAUUCACCAUUACAUGUAGCUUUACGUUAUGGUCAAUGUGACAUUGUAAAAUAUAUUUUGAUACUUAUGGGAAUUGAUCCAGAAUAUCAAAUAAUUGUAAAUAUCCAAAACAGUUCAGGAAAAACACCAUUACAUUAUGCUGUCCUACAAAAUCAGCCAGUCAUUAUAGAAGCAUUAUUAACGCUCGGAGCAGAUCCAAGUAUAUGUGAUGACCAUGGUUUCUCUCCAUUACAUACUGCUGUAAGAAUACCUAAUGCUGGAGCAUGUGUUGAUGUUUUAUUAUCCAAUAAACUAAUUAAUAUUGAAAGUUACAAUGAUCUUGGAUGGACACCUUUACAACUCGCUGCAGAAGCAGGUUCAUAUGAUGCUGUACGCUCUCUCGUUCGAGUAGGAAGUAAUGUAAAUAAUACGGAUAAAUCGUAUGGCCGUACUGUAUUACAUAUAGCAGUUGAAGGAGGUCAUAAAAAAAUAGUUGAAUUUUUAUUGAGAAAUAGUGAUAUUGAUAUAAACAAAAGAAAUUUUAGUGGAAACACGGCAUUACAUACUGCAGUAGCAUAUACUGGAACAAGAGCAAAAGAAUUAUGCAAAUUAUUAAUGCAAUACGGAGCAGAUCCACAUAUUCAAAAUAAUAGUGGUUCAAAUUUAGACGAGACUGAACAAGAGAUAAAUGAAGAUGUUAACAUAAAAGUUGAAGCAGAAUCUGAAGACGAAAAUAUGAAAAAAACUGCUGGACAAUCAUCCUUUGAUUUAGCCACUAAUAAGCCGGAAAUUUUGCAACUUCUUAUGGAUCAUGGUAACAAUACACAAGAUGAAAAUGAAUUAGCCUUAUUUACAAAAGAAGAAAUAUUGGAAGAGGAUACAGAAAAUAAUUGGUUGAGCAACGAAAAUAAACAAAAAUUAGCCACAAUUUUGGAUAAAACAAAAGGCUGGAAAAAAUUAGUUAAACAUCUAAAUCUUGAAUUUCUUUUACAGUCAUUGUGCCAAAACUCAUUAAGUCCAUCCUUAUUACUUUUAAAUUAUAUAGAUAUACAGAAUGAUAUUACACUUACACAGAUGCAUGAUCUUUUAAGUGAAAUUGAAGAAGAUGAAGCAGCACUUUUUAUUGUUGACCUUACAAGGCAUCAAUAAAGAAAAUAAAAAUAUUUACUAAUAUUAUUUAUAUGACAAAAUUGUAUAACAUACAACAUCACACUGUACUUAUUAAUUUCUUGGCAAUGUAGAUAUAUUUUUAUGAAUGAUUUUUUAUGAAUAUAAUGUAAAUUUUGAAUCAUGUAUAAGACUAGUAUAUUAAUCAUUGUAUUUAUAUAUAAAUUUAUUUUGACUUA